ACCCAUCACCCAUUUUUAACCAAAGAACAUAACAAAUUGGUAUCAGAGCAUGUCAUGGAGGAUCAACAAAUUCCUAAUAUCGAGGUACAAGUUGGAUCAUUGGCUUUUGCGCAAGAGAAAUUGUUAAAGGAACUACAUGAUAUGUUCCUGGCUAUGAACUCUCGGUUUGAUCAACUUGAAUCGAACCAUGUUCGUGAGUCUGGGGAUAACUCUAUUAAUCGAAAUUGGGUAGGAAAACUUAAUGGACAACCUGGUUCUGGCCAAACAAGUUCAACCAAUUUGGAUCUACCAAAGCUUGUUAAGCUUGAUUUCCCCCGUUAA